GAGGCACCUAGUACCCGGAACUCUUCCUCACGGAACGUUUUAAUCGUCGUUUGUUUUUCCGGUGAGUGUGCGUCAGUCGAAACGGCCCCUUGUUUGAUUGUGUAAAGUGUGCUGUGGGGAAAUGGAAGCAGACCUGUUUACUCUCCCAUGGGUGCCAGUGAAUAUCGGUGGUUCUGAUCUUCUGGCUAAAGCCUGGUUCGGUGACACAAAGUACCGGCUUCUGCUGAGUGACCUGAACACUGUGUGGGAAGAAGACAUGAGUGCAGAUGACAUCCAGAGUCGAGCACAGGAUCUGAAUAAGCGUCUGAGGGCUCCUACACAGGCUUUUUUCUCUCAUCUUUGUUCUGUGGCAAAGCCUUGUUUCUCCAGUCGAAAUGAUGGUCAGACCUCUGCAGCACACGUUGUUCUUGAACAGUGUGGUGACAAUCUGACGGUCAAACUCAAGAGUGAGCUGGCUGGGUUGCCGUUCUACUGGGAGUUUCGCUGCACCGCAGCACCUGUUGGCGUGGUGUGCAGGCAGCUGGUGCGCCCCCUGCUGGCGGUGACUAGAGUCCUGCAGCUGCAAGGGGAGGAUCUAGCAGCACUUUUGGCUCGGAAGGAUGCAGAGAUACAGGACUAUCAGGAGAACGGAGCUGUGCUAACUAGAGCCAGACUACAGACGGAGCCGUUUGAGGUGCACAAAUACAAGGAGAACUUCUUCACAAAGAUUGUUCCACAGAUGGGUGUGACGCUGGACAGUUUGGGCUUUGACUCAGAGUUGCAGGCGCUGUACGUGGCCGUGAGCUCAGGGAAAACGGGUCCGAAACGUAAACGCUCUCCUGACAGCAGCCCUGUGGCAGAACACGACCUCGUCUCUGAACAUCACAAACACGGCACUGAUGUCCUCACAGAUGUGGGUUCUUCACUGGCUUCUCAAGAACAGAAUGAUGUCAAAGGAUCAUCAGGAAGACCUCAGGUGGCACACAGCAAACAGACUGUCCUGUUACCAUCAACUACUGCUGCAGGUUCUGAGGAGCGUUCCACCUCACGGCCAAAGAAGAAGAAAGUAGUGGGGCUUUUUCGGUGACAAUUGAUGCCUCUGAAUCAGAAUAGUGCACAUAUGAACCCUUUAAUUUUCUGAAUGCUUAAAAAAUAUUUGUAUUUUUCUUAGGUUGGAUUUUAAGUGAUUGUGGACAUUUUAUUAUUGGUUUUUAGUCUGUAUGCCCAUCUUAAAGUUUCGUGUUUUAAAAGAAAUUAAUAAAAUAUUGCAUUCCUUUUAAUACAAGUUCUCUGCACCCCAACCGGCAGCUUGUGAAAAAAGUACAGAAGCACAGAGAAUGAUGGCUAAUAAUUCAUAAUAUGUGUUUUGUAAGUUGCAAAUUCAAAUCUACUUUUACAUAUUUUUUUGUCAGUCUGUUGGGGGCAUAACACUGUGUUUUACAGGAUACUGACUGCUACAAAUAGAAGGCCAGAUGAAAGUCUGACAAGAAAGUUUGUAAGGUUUGUGGCAUUAGAUAUCCAGAGUUUAGUUUGAGGCCAUUACUAGCAAGUAAAUGUGAUAUGCUUAAGCACAAAUGUCGGUUCCGCUUCAUUUUCCUGGUCAUGUUCGGUAAAAUCAUCGGACUUUUGAAUGGACGGAAAUUCUGACCACAAACCCAACAUCCAUAUUCCACUAAUUUCUUUGGUUUUGGCUUAGGCUUUGUUAGAAUUAGCUACCACUUUGUCUCAUGUCAUUCUGUUAUCCUAGAAUUAUUGAUUUAUCCAUCACUAAGCAUGACAUUCAAGCUUUAGCUUUAGCUUUACCUAUUAGCCAUAUGCCUGCUUCUUAUCUAAUUCAGGCUAGAAUAAACCGGAAAGUGGAGGAGACGGCAUGCAAAUAGUCAACAGUCUGACUCUGUGAAACUACUCUAAAAACUGCUGAAUUAAAUAUGAAGUGCAUGAUGCUUUAAAUCUAGUUGUAGACUGGUCGAAGGCUCUGGUUAAUCCCUUCUCUCUCUAGUAUUUCUGCUGUCCACAGAUUAUUUUCUGAUGCCUGGCCAAAACACUCUCUAAUUAAAAUGUAUUCAGCAAUACAGUAACAUCUUCAAGCUGUCAAGAGUGCGGUCACAGCGGACUAGAAAAAAUGUCUGCGCCACUGAAGGAGACACAGAACUGUCAUAAUUUUCCUACCAGUAUAAUUCGGUAAUAGUUCUGGCAUUUAACUGGUGAUUCGUCUUCAGUGGAGAAGCCAUUAGUGUUAUUUUAAAGACAUUAGAGUUCCUGGGAGGGACGCCACUUCAUGUCUUGUCUCCAGUGUCUGUCAGUGAAACUAAACCUGACCACCAAUUUAAUUUUGUUUUAUUUUACAGUAUUAAACAGUUGAACACAAUUGCUGAAGCCAGUGAUUGGAAAAAAAUGCUUUCAGAAAUAGUGGGACAUAUGAAUAUCAUAUUUGAUCAUCUUUUAAAUAACAUGAAGCAAAUAAGCAGUUAACAGUCAGCUGAUAAUUGGCACAAUGAUCUUUGACAUCCAGAAAAGUGGGACUGAAAAUUGUUCUGAUGGAUUUUGAUCAUCAAUCAUCACAGUUUUAUGAGCUAACAUAAAAUAAAAUAAAACAUGUCAUCC